UAUAUGAGAGAAGUAGUUUCGGUGGUGGGAUUUCUGGGCGCUAAUUUGUGGGAUUAAUUUGCAAUGCAGCCUUUCAGCGGAAGCCUACAGUGGUGGGAUGGGCUGUGAGGUGUUCAAGAUGGCGGCGCCCUGUGGAGUGAAGCUACUCUAACAGAGGUGCCUGGAGACUGAAUUGGCGGGUGGCCCCAAGAGAAGUCUUCCAGGCAGGAAGGAAGGUAGAGACACAACACUGCCUCCACCACUGCCACCAUGGCGAGGGAGCAGCCCAGCAUGGGGGACCUCCUCCUGCUUCUGGAGACCUCAGACCUCCAGCAGCUUGAAGAGAUCAGAGGCCUUAUUAAUGAGCAACUCAGCACUGAACGAGGGUCUGUCCUGCUCAACGGGUUGGUGGACUACUUUUUAGAAACAAACUCAUCAGAGGCCAUACAUAUCCUUUGUUCAGUCAGAGAGCCACAUGACAAGCACCUUCUAGACAAGAUGAACGAGUGUAUGACCAAACAGGCCUGUCGGCUGCCCACCCUCACCAUGCUGGGCCACGUCAUCCGCAAGCAGCCAUCCUGGAUCCACAAGAUUGCCCGAUACCCUCUUCUGCUGUCGCUGCUCAAAUGCCUAAAGACUGAUACGGAUGUCGUGGUGUUGAUAACUGGGGUUCUGGUGCUGAUCACACUUCUUCCCAUGAUUCCUCAAGCGGGAAAGCAACACCUGUGGGAGUACUUUGACAUUUUUGGCCGCUUGGCAUCCUGGAACCUAAAAAAUCCUGGGCACAUUUCAGAGGUUUACUUGAUCCACCUUCACGCCAGCGUCUAUUCGCUCUUCCACCGUCUAUAUGGCAUGUACCCUUGCAACUUUGUCUCCUAUCUACGCUCUCACUACAGCAUGAAGGAAAACAUGGAAACAUUUGAGGUGGUGGUCAAGCCGAUGCUUGAACACGUCCGAAUUCACCCUGAACUGGUGACAGGAACCAAGGAUCAUGAGCUGGACCCUACCAGGUGGAAAAAGUACGAAAUCCACGAUAUCGUCAUUGAAUGUGCCAAAGUGUCUCUAGAUCCGAAGGAAGCCUCCUGCGAGGAGGGAUACACCACCAUGCCUGAAAACUUUUGCCCUCAGAUGCAUCUGCGACCACAAGACUGCACUUCCAGCCCCUACACAGAACUCUACAGCAGCCAUGGAAGCUCCUCAUCAACCCCGUUCUCCACUCCACGACAGCCGCUGCCGCCGCCUCUGUCUUUUCCCCCCUUCUCAGGAACACAGUCAACCAACCGUAGCCCCCAGACUACCAAACGACAGAACUCCACCUGUGAACCAAACUCCUCCUAUGGCGGGAAGGACCCACUGUGGAGUCCUUCCUCUUUGUGCGGUAUGGCUACGCCCCCCUCAUCAAGAGGCAUGUCGCCCAAUUUAGAGCUCUCCCAUAGUGCCUCACACCUUCCAAGCCGCUUCCACUGCACUUCAGGAGGGAAAGGAACAUCUGCCUCUAGUACUCCAGCCACCUCAUCACCACCACCCACCCUGUCGGAUGAUUUUCCUAUAAUCUCUUUACCAGCUAACACAGUCCAAUCCAGUCCACCUAGAAAGGAACGCAGACAUGUAGACAGUAGUAAGCCUGCACUGGUGAGACAGGAACCUGUGAAAGACUCGGAAAAAAGUGGAGCCACAAACAGAGAUGCUGCAGAUGCUGCGAAUGUGUCCAUGACUUUGACGGAGCUCUCGGUUUUCAUGAGAAGACAGGAGUUGGAGCUUCAGCUGAGAACGGAAAAGGAAAAAGAAGAUGCUGCUAUCGCAGAGGAGCUGCUCAAAAUCACAGAGGAUAAGCAAGAGCUGUCAGGUCUGCGGGGUUUCGACUCACCUUUCUACCGUACCACUGAGACUCUGACUGGCUGUCAGACACAAGACAAAAUUGUCACAAAUAGCCAAAUUGGAGGGCCCAUAUCCGACACACACAAUGUAGUGUCAACACCAGACAAAGUUGACAACACUGCAAGCACCAGCGAUGUUGGGAGUGAACAAUGUGGGGGAGUUGGAGACAACAGGAGUUUAGUCAUCGGCCUCGAUCAGUCCUGGCCGUUACUGUCAGGUUUCACCCCUAUUGAUCACCACCUGCACCGGAGCCCCUCUGCCCCAGAAGAUGAGGUGGGAAAAUUUGGGAUGCUCUCACCAAGUCCAUGCAACAAGACCCCUGCCCCUGUGCCAUAUGAGGUGUUCUUUGACCUGGCUUUGCCCAGGGCAGCCUCUCUUUAUGUAGGCCAGAAGACAUCUGAGGCUGUGCACAAAGCAGCACUGGAGAGACUCUCAAGACGAGAAGAGGGGUUGGAGGAUGGGGAAGAAGAAGGGGUUAUGACUGCUUCACCACUGGAGGUGCUGGAUCGCCUUGUUCAGCAGGGGAGCGACACCCAUGAUAAAGUCCUAAAGAGAUUACCUUUACCAAGUAAGUCAGCUGACUGGACACACUUUGGAGGUUCAGCUCCAUCUGAUGAGCUUCACACACUGCGGAGCCAGCUGCUCCUGCUGCACAACCAGCUGCUGUAUGAGCGCUACAAGAGAGAGCAACACGCUGUCCGCAAUAGACGCCUCCUGCGACGCAUCAUCAAUGCUACUGCACUCGAAGAGCAGAAUAAUGCCAUGAAAGACCAGCUAAACCUGCAGAAUGUGGACAUCUCGUCCCUGAGGGAGAGUUUGCAAGUGGAGCAGCAGCGCUACAGACAGCUGUGGGAUGACCGAGAGACUGUAGUGACCCGUCUACACACUCAAAUCAGACAGCUACAGCAAGGGCGAGAUGACUACUACACAAAGAACCAAGAGCUCCAUAGCAAGUUACAAGAGUGUCUGAAAAGGAUAGGUGAAUUGGAGGCAGAGCUUCAGGGGUCAAAUAACAGAGUCUGUCAAACUGGGCACCUGCUCAAACAGAUGACCGUCAAGUUAAGCAACAGUGAGAGCACUCAGCAGCAAAUGAGCAUCCUGAACAAACAGCUGCUUCUCCUUGGAGAGGCACAUAAACUGUCCAUGCAGGAACUGCAGUAUGUUGGUGCAGAUAAUACCAAGCGACCCAUCACCAAGGAGGCUCGGAUGCUGCAAAUGUCCUACAGGAAGGAGAUGGAAGCCCUGAGACAGAACCUGCUGGUUCAGGGUCAAAAACUUGAGGCAGCACACCAGAGAGCCGCUGAGUUGGAGACCCUCCUCUCCAAGAAGGAACACCUCAUUGCAGAACAGAAGAAGUUUCUUGAAGAUGUCAAAUGUCAAGCAAAGGCAGAGCUGCAGGCCUCAGAUGGCCGGUAUCAGACUCAGAAGAGAAUCACCCAACUACUGCAGACUGAAAUCUUGCAGCUUUACAGCAAAGUGGAGAUGGAGUGUCUAGGAAGUAGUACCUGCCUGCCACCAGGAGUUAAAUCUGACCGACACGUGCCAGCUGACUCUAGGUUUGGGAGUGUUGUUCAUUACAACGAAGCAUACUCUAAUAGACCACCUACCAUCCUAGUGCCAGAUGGGCCAAGUAAAACAUGCAACGAUGAGGAGGGGGACAAAAGACCACCACACGACUCACUUUGCGGCAACGGCAGCACUUUAUCACCAGGGCAACUAAAUGCAAGCAACUCUUCCAAAACCUCUGUCAACGGUAGGAAGGAGUCGGGCCCAUCUUUAAAAGUGGACUCCCCCCUCUCCUGUCCGCACACCAACCUGCUUGCAACUCUGACACCCUCUGAUGCACCACUUACUGUGGGCUCCUACCCCAGUGCCAAGAGUUUCCUUGGCAUGAGAGCACGCGAGCUGUUUCGCAACAAAAGCGAGAGUCAAUGUGGCGGCGGCGAUGAGGAGGAAGAAGAGGAGCAUCUGCAGCCGCCACAUCUCGCCGGCCUUGCACAAAGCCUCAAGACUGAGCUGUGCACAGAGCUGGGCUCCGUUGCCCACCCCACCCCUAGGUUGGCUGCUCCGAUCAUCGUAGCCACCAAGGAUUCCUCCGAGCCCGUGCAGCAGGCCCCGAGUCAGGAAAACUUUCCCAGGAAGAUAGGCCGUAGCUCGUUGGGGACGGGCCGCCCCCGACAGCAACAGCUAAAGAUCAUGGACUACAAUGAAACGCAUCAUGAGCACAGUUAAGGGACACAACUGAACCGGGAAGACCGAAGCUAAUGUCUGCAAAGAUUUACAAAUCAGUCAAAGAGUAUUGUGUCAGCCUCUCUUUGAAAAUCAGUAUUAUUUGUUCCAUUCCUCUGAGUGGACAACAGGAUUUAUUUAAAAAAAAAAAAAAAAAUCUAUCGAGACAUGUAGACAAAACUUUGUUUCGGCACUGGUGAUACUGAACAUGAAUGUGGUUAUGACCAGGAUGCUUUAAGACAGGGGUCCCCAAACUUUUUUCAGUGAGGGCCGCAUAACCCUUCCCUUCUCUGAUGAGGGCCCGGGGUCAGUUUGUAACAGAAAGUGUGACGAUUGCAGGAGUGCCUAAAUGUAAAAAUUUAGGCACCAUUGUUUUUCAGAAAGCCACAAUCAAAUAACCCUUUCUGGAUUCUUCACGCAACAAAAGUAAAUGAAAUAAAAGAUAAUAUAAUAUAAUAGAAUAGAAUAAUAGAUAAUAAUAACACUAUUAAUUAAAUGGAUAAUAACCAAAUAACCCUCUCUGGGUUCUUCACAGAAAAAAGCCAAGAAAUAAAUUACCCUUUGGGGGGGGGGGGGGGGGGGGGGGAGGGAAUCCCUCCACCCCCCGCCCAAAUUUUUUUGUUUUUUUUUUUUGUUUUGUUUAGGGGGCCGGACCAAAUGUGGCUGCGGGCUGGAGUUUGGGGACCCCUGCUUUAAGAUAACAUGAGCAGAAUGUGUGCAGAAAAUUUAACUUUUGUUAGACCCUCGGGAGUGGAAUUCCACACUGCGCAAAUUUUAAUUUUCCCUCUUGGAGGCCUCUUUGCUUUUAGUUGAGCUGGGUGUUAAAACCUGCUUAGCUCUUGUCACCACAUCCUCUUGUACAUGGAAAACAAUUGGAUUUAAAGUAUGAGCUUUGCAGAUUACCUUGAUUGUGCCAUCUGUUAACAUGUUUUUUUCCCCACAAAGAUUUUUUUUUUCUUGUUAAAAGAUAAUUACUUUUUCUUCAAGAAAACCUGACCAUAUCAUCGUUGGGAAUCAAUCAUAAUUUCAUGAAUGAUUACAAUGAGUUUUGUGUUCAAAAUCUGUCUGAAAGUGUGUUUGUUCGCACUUGUGUGUAAGGAACAUAUUCAUUCUUCGAUAUCCUGAAGACUGCAAAAUUAAAAAUGUAUGAGAUUAAGAAACAUAACUAUUUAUGCAUUUUAUAGAUAUACAGCACCACAUUCUUAAUUAUUUUUAUUUAAACAGUUGUGAAGGAUGCAAGUAUAAAUCCGAAUGAGAUGACGGCUUUUCCCUUCAUGUCUUCUUUAACUACAUUCAUAAACCUCCUCUUUGGUUGUGUAAUAUGGUUGCCAGGAAUUUUUACUGUGACAAAAUUAACACUCCUCUCAGCAGAAGUGUUUUUCCCCCUUAGAUUGGUACCAAAUUGCUCUCUGUACCUGCUUCAUCAAUACUCAGUCCUCUUUCUAAAUCCUGUUGUCCACCAAGGUCUCCUACUGUCAUGUCCUUCUGCUGCGCUAUCUAAAGCAUGUUCAAUGAUCCACUUAAAUGCCAACCGUAGUAAUUACAGCAACCUAAGACGGAAGGUACAAUCUGCACAAACUAAAGAAACCAGGACUCUUGAAUAGAUGAAAUGGCAAAAAUGGAAGUUCUUAAAGCUUGUGUUUAACUGUGAACAAUAAAGGUCGUCUUCGAUGUUUUGCACAACAGUGAGUGUUUUGCUCUUUUGCCCCUUGAAUGUGUAUCAAAUAUACUGUAUAUUCUGCCAUCAGGUACAUAUAUUUUAGUAAUGCGUCUAUCCGUCUGAUCCCUGCUAAGUGGUUGAAAGUUUGGGUUUUCUUGAUUGGGUGUGGGCUAACCACAUGAUACAGUAGGCCUAUGUAUGAACUAACGGCAACAACAACCGUUGGAUUAACAAUUGCACCUAUUCAACUCAGCAGCAUGAUUUUGGAAGGAAUCAGGAAUACCCGGAGAGAAAAAUAGCCCCCAUACAAACCUAUCAGCCCUAAAUUUGAACUCUAAACCCGGUUACGUACACCAUCAACUCGGCCUUCACAGUUCAAAUGAUCGGAAAUCUGGCUGAUUGAACCAAUUUUUAGA